GCAGGCAGCGCAAACGGUUCUUUUUUCGGUCAAGUAUCUGGCAGAUAGAGUAUCUACAAACGAUGCGCGUGCGCCGUGCGAAUUUCGCCAGGUUUUGAAAUAGUUGAAAACAGUGAACGAAAACCCAAACAACAAUCAAACUAAAGAUCAAGCAGUGUCACAGUGCCCAUAAGCAGUGUCACAGUGCCCAUAAGCAGUGAAAAAACAGUGGCAAAAAACUAAAGCAAAGACUUUGCCAAUUGAAACACUUUUGGAUUAGUUUCAAGCCCAAGUGAGGAAGGAGGAGAGAACAGAGAACUACCAAAAUGGUACGCAGCCUGGCCCAGUGGACCAAGACGCUGAGCUUCCCGUCGCGCCUCUCGCCCAAUCGCAACUCCAAGGACUGCUCCACAUUGGCCAGCCCAGUGCCGCCGCCAACGCCGCCGCGCAACAAGACACACAGCCAUUGUGCCACCUCGAGGUCCUCCUCGUCGACAGUGUCCUCGUCGCACUCCUCGUCGGCCAAUUCGCACAGCUCUCCGACGCCAGGAAGCAAUGGCAACAACAAUAACAAUAUGCCCAUAACGGAACUGGAACAGAUUAUCUAUCCCGGUCCAGAUCCGAAGCACAUUAUGGGCUCCCUGGUGUUCUGCAUUCACCACAAACAGGGCUGCAAGUGGUCCGAUGAGCUGCGCAAGCUGAAGGGCCAUCUGAACGCCUGCAAGCACGACGCCACACAGUGCCCCAAUAAGUGUGGCGCCCAGAUACCACGCAUCAUGAUGACCGACCAUCUGCAGUACACCUGCACCAUGAGGCGCACGCGCUGCGAGUUCUGCCAGAGCGAGUUCUCGGGCGCCGGCCUGGAGGAGCACAACGGCAGCUGUGGCCAGGAGCCGGUCUACUGCGAGGCCAAGUGCGGACAGAGGAUACUGCGCGGUCGGAUGACGCUGCACAAGUCGAAGGACUGUGCCAAGCGACUGCGCCGCUGUGCCCACUGCCAGCGGGAGUUCUCGGCGGAUACACUGCCCCUGCAUGCGGCCCAGUGCCCCAGGGCUCCGUUGGCCUGUCCGCAGCGCUGCGAUGCGGGUCCGAUUGCCCGCGGCGAGCUGGAGGCGCAUCUGCGCGACGAGUGCCAGUCGCUGGCGGUGGCCUGCAGCUUCAAGGAGGCUGGGUGCCGCUUCAAGGGGCCCCGCCAGAUGCUGGAGACGCACCUGGAGAGCAAUGCGGCGGCGCAUCUGUCGCUGAUGGUGGCGCUCAGCUCGCGCCAGGGCCAGCAGAUUCAGAUGCUCAAGUCGGCGGUGUCCAAGCUGUCCAUCAACUAUACGGGCACGCUGCUGUGGAAGAUCACCGACUGGUCGGCCAAGAUGACGGAGGCGCGUGGCAAGGAUGGCCUCGAGCUGGUCUCGCCGCCCUUCUACACCUCCCAGUACGGCUACAAGCUGCAGGCCUCCAUGUUCCUCAAUGGCAACGGACCCGGCGAGAACACCCACGUCUCCGUGUACAUCAAGGUGCUGCCCGGCGAGUACGAUGCGCUGCUCAAGUGGCCCUUCUCGCACUCCAUCACGUUCACGCUGUUCGAGCAGGGCGCCCAGAGCGGCCAGGGUGGCGUCGCCGAGUCCUUUGUGCCCGAUCCCACAUGGGAGAACUUCCAGCGACCCUCCAACGAGCCCGAUCAGCUCGGCUUCGGUUUCCCCCGCUUCAUUUCGCACGAGCUGCUGCACAGUCGACCCUUCAUCAAGGACAACACCGUCUUUCUGCGCGUCAAGGUGGAUCCCAGCAAAAUUGUUUCAGUCUAGAUAGGCACAA